AUGACAACGUCUUUAAUUAAUAAAAAUAGGACCCCAACAAGAGCAAGAGGAGAGAGAGUGUAUAAACCUGGUGGAAAAAAGGAAUGGAGAGUUGUUUUUUGGACUCACGAGUCCACAAAACCUAGUAGAAGACAAUGUUCUUUUAGUGAGGCCAAAUACGGCAAAGAAGCUGCUUCUCUAUUAUCUAGAGCAGUUCUUGAUUAUAUAGAUGUAAAGGGUGUAGUCCCGGAUGAUCUCCAUGAUCCUCCAAUUUUAGAUCCAGCUAAAAAAGAACUUAUCGAGUAUUAUAGUGCUUUACAUGAAAGCAGAAAAGCUUUACAAAAAAAAAACAAGCCAAAAGGUAGUAAUUCUAGUAGUAAAAGUACAUCUGAGCCAAGUAUUGUACCAUUAUAUACUUUAGCUCAAACUCAAUCUCCAACUAUGAGUAAUAUAUCAUGUGUUUCUCCGCAAUACCCAAGUAAAGUAAGUAAGAUUGAUAAAUUUUCAGACCUUACAAACCUUAGAGACCAGUUUCCAACUGAAGUACAGACCAGCUUUGGAAUUUUAAAUAGUAAUAAUAACUCCCCGAAUGAAUCGAGAAUUCUUUCACCAUUAUCGAUUAUCACAAAUUCUGGAGGAGGUCCAAAUAUUGAGGAAUCAACAACAAAAGUUGGUCAAGAGACAUCCAUUUCGAAUACAAAUAAUAUUAAUAAUAGUGGUAAUAAUGGUCUUCUAAACAAUAUCCAGAUACCACCUAUCCCAAAUAUUACUUCAUCUGCGAAAUACAGUGGAUUUGAUGUGAAUAGUAACAAAAAUAGUAAUAUUAGUGAAGACGGAAACAAAUUUGGUAAUAUUAAUAGUAAUAACCAUCUUACAAAGACAUCAUCCUCUGAUACUGAUGGGUUUAAUACAAUGAUUAACAAUGUAAUAUCUGAUAUUAACAAAAAUAACUCACUUUUGAAUGGGGGAGCUCAUUUCGCUCUAAUGGGCUCCAUUUUCCAUAAUCAAUUACCACAUGGAAUGCAUAGCCCUGUACCACCAACCCAAUUUCCAUCCACGGGUACUUCUUCUUUAUUCCCAGAUUUACUUUCCUCUAAUUGUAACGGACUUCUUAACCCAGACCUAAACCAUAUUCUGAACCAAACUUGCAAUCAAAUUGCUCUUCAAAAUCAAUUCAAUUUUUUAAAUCACUUAGGGUACUUAAACCAAUUAGCAGGGCUAACUAUUGCAGGGGUUAGUGGUAAUGUCAUAGCUGGACAUCCAAAUUUUAUGGUUGGAUCACUGAUCCAAAACUUUCCUUUUUUUCAAAAUCAAGAUAUUUCUUUUGCCACAAACUCUUACGGAAUUGGGAAUACUUCUCAAAGAAAUGUUUUUAUUAAUGAAACUUUAAAUUUAGAAGAGGGGGGAUUCAAUGGCUCUAUAAUUUCAGGUAAUCACGAUAAUACUAAGACUGAACAUGUUUCAUCUGGACAAUCCACUUUGAUUUCCCCAAACCCCUUUCAACAAAUAAAAGGAGAAUCUUUUUCUUCAAACCCAAAGAUUAGCAAGGAAAUGAUUGCUUCAGUCCAAACCUCAACUGAUCAUUCUUCUACACCUUUAUUGGCUUAA